AUGAAUGAAAGUUUCAAAAAGGUUGAGCGCGCAAUUGGCAAUUUACAGAUGACAAUGGAUUUAAUGGAAAAUGAAGCGGUACUUGAGCGACUUAGAACUCUUCAAAAUUGGAAGGAUCGUCGAUCGAAUGAAAUAAAUGAACUGAUAAAAGCUGAAAAUAGCUUCGAGGAGAGCAUGGAAACCAGUCAAAAGCUGUUGGAUGAAAUUGAUAAAGCACUAGCUGAAAUAGAUAACCGGAAGAAGUCACCGGAAUUGGAAGAACUAGAACAUUUCGCGUUAUCUUUAGAAGAUCGUUUACAGCGAGCUUUGGCACAAAUACAACAUACCUCACUAAAGGCAGAACCAAUACUAACACAAAUAGAUGAGGAAGAAGCCGCUCGACUUCGUGACAGAUUACGAAAUAUUGGUGAGCAGUGGAAACAAUAUGAAAAUCUUGUUCGAGAAAAGAGACGCCGAUUCGAUGAACGCUUUGCAAAUGAAUCGGAAUUGAAUAACGAAAUGGAAUUACUCCAAUUUUGGUGUGAUGAAACGGAAGCGGAAUGUGCCAUCGUUAUUAGUCCAUUGAAUUUGCCUGUUUUAAAGGAACUCUCAUCAAAAUUAGAGGAACGUUUAAACAGCUACGAAAGGAAACAUGCAAAUUUACAAAUCAUUGAACGUUUAAAAGAUUAUUUAAUUAGCACCCAAAUGACGGAUCCAACCAGUAAACAUCGAAUACGACGAGCCGUUUCCGAAAUCGGAAAACGUAUUAGCUCGAUUCGGGGUCUUUUGCGUGAUCGAAAAUUAGAACUUGAAAGUGCCGUUAAUGCUGCUGAAAAUUUCCACGAUGAUUUGAAUAAAUUGCAGAAAUUUUGUGAACGAACAGAAAAAGCAAUUCAAUUGGUAGAAAGUGCGACAAUUUUUGUACCGUCCGGUACCGAUUUGGAUUACGUUCGUUUGCAUCAGGCAGAAACUGAUGAAAUUGCUAAGAGAGUGGAACAGGAGUGGAAAGAUAGCUCUUCCGUAGGAGGAUCAGUAGUUGAUGAUCAUCUCCGAAUUAUCGUGGAAGAUACCUUAUGUAAAUGGAGCAACGAUAAGGAAAAAUUAGCUGCGACAGCUUGUUUACCAACUCUUGCACAUGACUCAUCAUCAAUAACUUCAGAAGCGAUUGAAGAAGAAGAACUGACCAGUGGAAUGCAAACCGUUUUAUCAAGUAUUGCUGAAGAAAAAGAAUCUCAUACAAGUGAGUAUGGAACUUUAAAUGGAUCUAUGGCACUUGAGGAAUCGGUUACAUCAAAUCUGUCUUCCAAAGAUCGACUUCUAAUGGACAAUAUCGUACAUAUAGGACAUUGGUUAAUGGAAACAGAACGUGACGCAUCGUUGACCGUCGAUUUAGCCGAUUCAGAAUGCAUAAGAAAUGCAAUCGUUCAAAUGCAGACUUUUAUUGAUCAAUUAAAAAUGCGUCAUUUGGAUUUGAUUCGAAUUUUGGAUGAAAGCCGGAAUAAAAUAGUACGAGAAAGGAGUGAAGUAAUGACAGUGGAAUGUAAUAAAAUAUUGGGUGAAUGUCAAGGGAGAAAAAUGACAUUAACUAAAAUUUUGGAAGAAAGUCGAAUUUGGGAUAAAUUAAGAAAAGCAUUAACCACUUGGCUUACUAAUGCUCAAGAAAAAGUAAUUGAUGGCAGUACGGUCGAUGCCGCCGAUGUACAAACACUAAAAAAAGAGCUCAGUGAGAUUCAUGGGAUAGCGGAAACAGCGGGAGAAAUGAAAUUAAAGAUGGAUGAGUUAAAUGAGCGUAGUAACGCUUUGUUGGAUAAUUACCGCGCUGAUGAAGGGCAUAAUUUGUCUCAUACGGUUUCAAAAUUGAAUGCUUUAUGGAGUAAAUUUAAUGAUAAUGUUCGUAUUCGGCGAGCGGUAUUAGAGGCAGCUCUUAGAACUAGAAGUGACUUCCAUUCUGCGCUUGAGCAACUGGAAGAAUGGAUGAAUGGUGUUGAUGUAUCUCUGGUAGAGUUGAAUGAAAUAACAAUGAAUACACAGACGCUUAAAGAUUUUGUUAAAAGAAAGAAAUGGAUUGAAGAUGAAAAGAGUGUGCGAGCUGAUAUCAAUGCUCAUAAAGAUGUUAUCGGAUCAGUGGAAGAGAUGGGCGCUCAGUUAACACGUCGAGUGGAAGACACUAAAGAACGAGAACAACUCAAAGAGCGCUUAAGUCAUAUUGAUAUUCGAUGGCGACAUCUGGUUGGAUUAGCUGAUGCUAUCAGGACUCGUCUAAUGAAUGCUCAAGAAGAGUGGGAGAAGUUGUUCACACAAAUCGCCGAAAAUUUAUUUUGGGCUGAAGCACAAAGUAAAGCAUUACUUGAAGAACAACCAGUCGGUGGUUCGUUGGCUCGAGUACAGGAACAGACUAAUUUUAUUCAGAAACUUGAACAUGAAAUGAAGCUUCGUCAACGUGAUGUUGACGAAUGUGUAACACUGGCGCAUAGUUACCUGAUGCAGCAUGACCUGCGACCUCGAAUGAAAAGUACCAGCACUUUGACACCAGAUGAAAAAAAUGAUGAUCAGAAUGCGGAACUAAGACGUGUUGGUAUUCAAAUUAAAUCUGAUAGCGAUCGUUUAGUGGAGAAAUGGAGUGAAUUACGGGAGCUACUGAAUGCCUGGGCAUGUAUCAUUCGUGAUGCAAAUGCUAAGAUGGAGAAAUUAGCGUCAGCGAUUGCUGAAUGCCAGCUGGCACUUUCAAAUAUGGAUGAACGAAUGGAACAGCUUCGACCCAUCGAAAAGUUAAGGUUGGAAGAGUUAACGAUAGCGGUUGAUGAAAGUGAACAAUUGAAAGAAUAUUUGUCUCGAACACGAAUGUAUAUUGAUGAUGCUAAUGAUUGGAGUGGACAGCUAUUGGCGUCAGAUGUCGAAUUGGCAUCGGAGCUAAGUGCACAAUUGAGGUCAAUCAAUGAUAGGAUGACGAAGUUAAAAUUAGAUUUGCAAAUUCGUGCAGCAGCUCUGGAACGUGCUAUGACCGAUUUUGGUCCAUCAAGUCAACAUUUUUUAAGAGAUAGUGUCCAGGCACCUUGGCAACGGGCUGUUUCGGCUUCUAAUCAUUUACCGUAUUAUAUUAAUCAUGGAACAGAAGUAACUCAAUGGGAUCAUCCAGCAAUGGUUGAAAUUAUGGAAGAGCUAACAACUUUUAAUCAGGUCAAAUUUAGUGCUUACCGUACAGCAAUGAAAUUACGAGCAAUCCAGAAACGCCUGUGUUUGGAUUUGAUAACUCUGGAAGAUGUAGAUUCGAAAUUACAAACGCUCAAUUCAAUGUUAGGUGAACAAUGCUUAUCGAUGAAAGAUGCGGUAAUAUGUUUGGUUCCGCUAUUUGAGGCGGUACAAGAAAAGUAUCCCAAUUUGAUACAUUCUAUACCAUUAGCUGUUGACUUGUUGCUCAAUUUUGUCUUGAAUGUAUUCGAUCCAGCGCGUGAUUGUAUUCUACGCACAUUUUCGUUUCGUGUACUACUGGUUACACUGUGCAAUUCAAAUCUGGAAGAUAAAUAUAGAUACUUAUACCAACUUAUUGCGAACAACGAAGGUGUUGAUCACAAGAAAUUAGCCCUUCUCUUAUACGAUAUUAUUCACAUCCCACGAUUUUUCGGCGAAGCAGCAGCAUUUGGUGGUUCAAAUGUGGAACCGUCAGUGCGGUCAUGCUUCGAAACGGCGAAAUAUCCGCGGUCGAUUUCAAUUGAUGAAUUUUUGAAUUGGUUAAAAAAAGAACCACAAAGUAUUGUUUGGUUACCUGUCAUGCAUCGGCUAGCUAGUGCCGAAUUUGCUAAACAUCAGGCGAAAUGUAAUGUUUGCAAAAUGUUUCCAAUUAUUGGAUUGCGUUAUCGUUGUUUACGAUGCUUCAAUGUUGACGUCUGUCAGAACUGUUUCUUUAGCCAAAGGCUUGCUAAAAAUCACAAAUUAUCACAUCCUAUACAGGAAUACUGCUUACCGACAACAUCAGGUGAAGAUGUGCGCGAUUUUGGUCUAAUAGUGAGAAAUAAAUUACGAUCGAAAAGUAAGACACGGAUUGGUUAUCUACCGGUGCAGACUGUAGAUGAGGGGCCUCCAUUGGAAAGCACUAAUGUUGCUCCGGUUAAUCCAUUCACUGAACCUAUCCACAAUCGAGUACAACUCUGUGCUCGAAGAUUAUGGAGAGCACGAGGUGAAGAUGAUACACCGAUACCUGCUUUAAAUGAUGCGGGAGAGGAAAUGAGAGUGAGCAGAACAGACUUGAAGUCACCUUUACAACUUUUGUCCCAGGUUGAACAAAUGCAUAAAGAAGAGCUGGAUCAAGUACUGCACAAAUUACAACAUGAAAAUAGAGAAUUGAAAAAAGAAAUUCAAAGACGGAGGAAGCUUAGUAAUGCUGUGGGAUCAACGCCUAAUCUGACAAGAGGCGAUAGCGCAGCAAUGUCACGAAGUGUUACUGAUAAUAUGGAAACCGGACGAUCUGUUCCCUCACUUUCUAAUGCAGCCGAUGAUCAACUAUUAAGAGAGGCAUACCUAUUGCGGCAACAUAAAGAACGACUGGAACAACGAAGUCGAAUAUUGGAAGAACAGAAUCGUCAACUUGAAACACAGCUUGCAAGGUUACGAACGGUCAUUGCUCAACAACAAAAUGUUAGAAGCGAAAAUAAGGAAAAUGGCGGCGCAGAAGAGAUUGAAUCAAGUGUGACUUCGGCUGAAGAAGAUGAAGGAAUCGAAUAUGAUAAAAGGCCAAAUCGAAUGAAUUCUCUUAUUGCUUCAGUGGAUCAGUUGGGUCGUGCUAUGCAAUCAUUUGUUGUUUCGGUUGUUAACGAUGAUGAUGGAACUAACGAGGAUGAAGAUGAAUUGGCUAUUACUAGAAUUCAUUAA